AUGACGUCAGUGGGCGUGGAUAUGGAGGCUAUGACGUCACUGGCGCCCAACAUGAGCUUCCGACCUGCCUACAGUGGCGUGGGCGUGACGCACAGCUCCGUGGACAACACGUCUGUGACGUCACAAGAGUGUGAGUGGAUGCUGGGCGAGAUGUCCGGCCCGCCUCCUCACUACAGCGACCCCGCCCGCAUCACCAUCUCCGCCAUCCUCAUCUGUGUUCCCAUACUGACCGUGGUAGGGAACUGGGUGGUCAUCCUGGCGGUCAUCACGCACCGGAAGCUGCGGACCAUCACCAACGCGUUCGUGGUGUCGCUGGCUGUGGCGGACAUGAGCGUGGCGCUGUUCGUCAUGCCGUUCUCCAUCUACCAGCAGCUCAACAACAAGCUGUGGGCCCUGGGGGACACUCUGUGCAAGCUCUCCUCUAGCCUGGACGUCAUGAUGUGUACUGUGUCCAUCUUCCACCUGUCCUGUCUAGCCGUUGACCGCUACCUUGCCAUCUGCCGGCCCUUCCUUCACGAGCGGCUCACCGUCCGCUGGGUGGCCAUCAUGCUGGUCUUCUGCUGGGCCACGCCUGUCUUCAUCUCCUUCCUGCCCAUCCUCAACGGCUGGAACCACCUCGGGAUAGAGCAGCUGGUGGCCUGUGCCUUCCCGCCCGGCGCGCCUGUGUGCGCGUUCAUCGUCAACACGGCAUUCGCCGUCAUCUGCUCGCUCAUCGCCUUCUACAUCCCUGUGCUGUUCAUGGGCGUGUGUAACGUGAAGAUUUACAUGGCCGCUGUACAGCAGGCGCACCAGAUCAGGACGUUGGAAAAGGCGGGAAACCACAACCACUACAGCCAUUGCAAGAGAAAGAGCAAGUUCAAGCAAGAGUCGAAGGCGGCCAAGACUUUGGGGAUCAUUAUGGGCUGUUUCUCUGUCUGCUGGUUCCCCUUCUUCAUCAUGAACGUCAUCGACCCACUCAUCAACUACCGCAUCCCGUACAACCCCUGGCAGAUCGCGCUAUGGCUAGGCUACAUCAACUCCAUGAUGAACCCUCUCCUCUACUACUACUUCAACCGGAACUUCUACCACGCGUUCCGACGCCUGCUUUCCUGCAAGGUGUGUAAGGGCGUGCGGGACUACGAGGAAGACACUCUCAACACGCAGAUGUCCGAAUGA